AUGAUGUUCGUUGUGGCCGCUGUUCUCCUGGCUUUGUCGGCUGUUUCAGGUAAAUUACGCUGAUCAAUAGAUGCUUUUCAACUAACAUUUUAAGCCGACCCAUUCAUUUACAAUGUCUAUUCCUCUGGGUCUCAAUCUCCGUUCGGCAACCCGUACACCCGUGACGAAGUUUACAUCCGUCGGCCAAGUGUCGGAGGAGUUGGAGGCAAUCCGUUCUAUUCUGGACUCGGAAAUCAGAUGAUGAUGGUCGGAGGUGGAGGAGGAGCCGGAGGGUUCCGUGACCUUCAGGGUCUCCAGAGUCUUCAGGGGCUCCAAGGAAUGCAGACGCUUCAAAGUAUGCAAGGAAUGGGAGGAAUGGGAAUGCAAAUGCCAUACGGAUCAGCCUCUAAUAUGAUGGGAGUCGGUGAGUUUCACUUUGAGCGGAAUUGCGCAGAAAGUGCACUUUCAGGUUCGUAUGGAUCCAGCAUGUACAAGCCACGUUUCGCAGCGGACAUGAUGAUGGGGAGUGGACAACCGAUGGUCCUCAAUGGAUAUCCAAUGUAUCCAAGUGAGUCCGUCCAUCAUUUCACUCAUUUCGAACAAAUUCAGAAUCUUCUGGUUACCCGAUGAUCAUCCCGAUCGGAAUGGGCUCUUUCGGCUCUUCGCCGACUGUCUACCAAGGCCAAACAGUCUCCCGGUUGCCAUUCCAGGCCGCUCAACGCGCUCGCUUCUUCUAA